AUCCGGUAAAAUGGCGCCUUUGCUUUGUCUUCACUGAAAAAAAGGAGGUUUGCUUCAAUAUUUUAACAUUUUUCUAAAAUACAAAUAACUGAGAAUUAUCUGUUUUACAUCUCCGGGACGACGUGCCAAGAACUACACGUGUCUCAGUCAUUCAAGAAAUGACAAAAGAGUACAGUUAAAUGAGUAGAACCUCAGCAGCUGAAUCUACAGACCAAAUGAUGGAGCAGGAAGUAGGUCAACGUUCGAUUACAGACCAGAUGGAGGAGGAGGAGGAGCCAGGGAGCUCAGCAGAGACUGAGAGACCCUCCUCUUCUCACACCAAGAGGAAGCCAGCUGUUACAGCCAAGCACACCGGAGGGAAUGAGUCUGACACCUCGGACGAGAGUGGACAGGAUGAUGGCGCCUCUGACAACCCCUCAGAUGGCAUGUUGGUGGUACGGCCUGGGACUGACAACAAGGAGAGCAGAGGAGCCAUGAAGCUGGACCUCUCAAGGAAAAAGACAGAUACCACUUUGCAGGAGAGGAUAGACUGCACCGCCUGUGGACAGCAGGUCAACCACUUCCAGCGCCACUCUGUGUUUGAGCACCCGAUGCUCCAUGUGCUCCUCUGCAAGUCGUGUUACAAGUAUUACACCAGCGAUGACAUCAAUAAAGACGAGGACGGCAUGGACGAACAGUGCAGGUGGUGUGCUGAAGGUGGCAACCUGAUCUGCUGUGACUUCUGCCACAACGCCUUCUGUAAGAAGUGCAUCCUGCGUAACCUGGGCCGCAAGGAGCUGUCCAUGAUCACCGACGAGGACAGUAAAUGGUCCUGCUAUAUCUGCAGCCCUCAGCCUCUCUCAGACAUUGCCUCCAACUGCUCCAACAUCUUGACCAAGUUGGAGAGCUUCUGGCGCACGGGACGCAAGAAAGAGAGGAAGGAGGUGAAAGGGCACAGUAAGGGUAAAGGUCACCACCACCAUGGUAAAGCUGUGGUGAACGGUAAGGAACAUUCAGACGGGUCAGGGACCCUCACCUUCUCCUAUAAGACCCUGAAGGUCCCCAAGGAGCUGUUGAAGAGGACCAAGAAGCUGAUUGAGACGACCACGGGGCUCAACAACACCUUCAUCCAUUUCAUCCAGCAGGCUGAGGAGGAGCAGGGAGCAGCAGGAGGAGGUGGCAGCGGGACCAGACACCUCAAGGCCUUCAGGUCUGUUCUGGCUGAUCUGAAGAAGGCCCAUGCUGCCCUAGAGGAGGACUUGGAGUCACAGUUCACUUCCCAGGACCAGGGGAUGCAGAACGGGGAUGCUGUUUCCAAGACCGACGGCCAUGAUCAGAUUGACAGCAUGGUUGAGGAUGGACAGGAGGCAGAAGAGGAUAAAAUGGCCGACACUGAAGAUGGGGAGGAGCUAGAGGAGGAUGGGGGCUUGUCAGAGGACGCAGAGAUGGAGGGGAGCCCCGCCCCCGCACCUCAGGACCACUCGGACACAAGUACAGACAGCCAGGCCAAAGGUCAGACAGCAGUGGAGGAGGAGGAGGAGGAGGAUGAAGAAGAAGAAGAAGAGGAGGAGGAGGAGGAGGGUGACCGGGAUAAAGACAUUGUGUCCAUCGGGCCGGCCGUCCCUGACGAGCUCUUCCAAAUGGUAGAGAGUCUGGCGGACUCCACAGGGUUAACGCCCGGCAACAACGCCAUGGAAACCACCGCUGCUAGCCAAUCCGAGAGCCCCGCCGCCGGCUCAAACAGGAAGUCACUUGAAACCCAUAAGGAGAAGGCCAUGCCCAAGGUGAAGAACCUGAUUGUGAAGCUGACGCCCGUUCCAGUGGUUACCACACGCACCUCCAGGUCUAUGAGCAAGGAUGGAGGGAAGGAGAAGGAGAGGAGUAAGGAUGGAGGCAAGGAGAAGGAGAGGAGUAAGGAUGGAGGCAAGGAGAAGGAGAGGAGUAAGGAUGGAGGCAAGGAGAAGGAGAGGAGUAAGGAUGGAGGCAAGGAGAAGGAGAGGAGUAAGGAUGGAGGCAAGGAGAAGGAGAGGAGUAAGGAUGGAGGCAAGGAGAGGAGUAAGGAUGGAGGCAAGGGGAAGGAGAGGAGUAAGGAUGGAGGGAAGCAGAAGGGUAAGGAUGGAGGGAGGGAAAAGAGUAAGGAGGAGGUGGGGGAAGGUGGGGGCUCUGAGGAGGACAGCCACCACUCCAGCCGCACAAAGACCACACCCCUCAGGAAGUCACCGGACGGGAAGAACAAGAUGCCCGAAUCCUCUCCGGAGAACAGUGACUCAGAGGGCAAGAGUCCCAGCAGGCUGAAGAGUAGAACCAAAGGCAGCUCGGAGAAGGAACGUGAGGAGGAGGAGCAGCAGAGAAAUGCCUCCUCCAAGGUGACCGCUGACCCUUCUAAACAAGAAGUGGACUCUGACGAGGUUCUGGACAUCCUGCUCCAGACUGCAGCGGCAGAACACAGCUCGGACGAGGAUGCGCAGCAGGGCGCCGAUGGUAACCAGGGCAACAGGAGCUUCAAAAGGUGCCUGUUCAAACUCAGCAAGAAAGAUGGAGAGGAGGAGGAGAAUGACAAGGUGAAGACUGACAAGAAGCUGGCGGCCAAACGCAAACUGAAAGCCGACGAUUCAGACAACUCAGAGUCCGACUCAGACGAAGACGCGAAGAAGAAGAAGAAAAAGAAGUCCUCCUCAGCUUCUGCCAAAAAGACAUCCAAGAAGAAGGGCUCGGACGGCUCCUCCGACUCGGACCUGGAGAAGGAGAUGAAGGGACUCAGCAAACUGGCGACGGGGAAACGGAGGAGCAGCCGUGUGAAGAAGGAAAGAGAGGAGAAGGAGAACAAGGGCGGAGAUCGGAGGCGGUCGUACGAACUGAAACGCAAAGCCAGAAGUAGAGGAGCCAAGCAGCAAGAUUCAUCGUCUGAUGAUGACGAGGAGGAGGGAGGAGGGUCUGGAGAGGAGAGUGGAGACCAGCAGAAGAUUAAACCCAUCGUGGAGGAGACGUUGGUAGCAGGGAGGGGAACCUUCCACCAGUCCUCAGGAGAUGAAGGUAACCAUGACGCUUCUCAGAUGGCCGAUGAGGAGGACGAUGAUGAUCCUGAGAACAGAAUUGCCAAGAAGAUGCUGCUGGCCCAGAUCAAGGCUAACUACUCUUCAGGAGCAGAGGAGAGCUCUGACGAGGACGGAGAAGAGAAGGAACAGAAGAAGGGGAAGGGAGGAGAGGAGCAGGAGGAAGACGAUGAUGAUGAUGAUGAUGAAGGGGGCUCUGGCUCUGAUGUGGACGUGAAGACGAGUGUGGGGCGUCGCCACCGGCUGCUCCGCCACAAACUGACGCUGUACGAAGUGGAGUCUGGAGAGGAGAAGGAGAAACCAGCCAGCAAGGGGAAGAAGAAGGAGACCAAGAGGACCAGACGGAAAGUGGGUAGUGAUGACUCAGCAGACUCAGACUUUAAGGAGUCAGCUAGCAGCAGUGAGUCAGGAGUUAGUGAGGAGAUCAGUGAGAAGGAAUCAUCGUCAGAGGAGGAGUCGGAGUCUGAGAAGGAAAGCAGUAGCCAAAAGAGGACCACGCGCUCCUCCAAGAAUAAGAAGAAGAAGAAGAAGAAGGAGGAGAGGAGCUACGCCCAGAAGAAGAAACGGCGCCGCAUCAAGGCCCAGGAUUCUUCAUCCGACGACAAGGAGGAGGAGGAGAGGAAGGGUAGCCUAGUGGUUAGAGUGGAGGGGCAGCUCAGGGAGAAGCUCCGAGAGGUACUCGUGGUGGAGGAGGCGUCCGCCGUGGCUUGUCCAAUCACAACCAAGCUGGUGCUGGAUGAAGACGAGGAGACCAAGGAGCCCAUGGUGCAGGUUCACCGCAAUCUGGUCACUAAGCUCAAACCACACCAGGUCGACGGGGUCCAGUUCAUGUGGGACUGCUGUUGUGAGUCGGUGAAGAAAACCAACAAGAACUCUGGUUCUGGAUGUAUCCUGGCUCACUGUAUGGGCCUGGGAAAAACACUGCAGGUGGUAACCCUACUCCACACACUACUGCUGUGUGAAAAGUUAGACUUCUCCACUGCUCUGAUCGUCUGUCCUCUCAACACCGUUCUCAACUGGCUCAACGAGUUUGAGAAGUGGCAGUACGGCUUCAAGGACGAGGAGAGUUUAGAGGUGACGGAGCUGGCCACGGUGAAGCGUCCUCAGGAGAGAGCGUCUGCCCUGCAGCAGUGGCAGGAGGAUGGAGGAAUCAUGAUCAUUGGCUAUGAGAUGUACCGGAACCUCACACAGGGUAGAAACAUCAAGAGCAAGAAACUCAAAGAGACCUUCCAGAAGACCCUGGUUGACCCAGGCCCAGACUUUGUGAUCUGUGAUGAGGGCCACAUCUUGAAGAACGAGGCGUCGGCCAUCUCUAAAGCCAUGAACUCCAUCAAGACCCGACGGAGAGUGGUGCUCACCGGCACUCCGCUGCAGAACAACCUCAUAGAGUACCACUGCAUGGUGAACUUCAUCAAGGAGAACCUGCUGGGGUCAGUGAAGGAGUUCAGGAACCGUUUUGUCAACCCCAUCCAGAACGGGCAGGCAGCAGACUCCACAGACCAGGAUGUACGGAUCAUGAAGAAGAGGGCUCACAUCCUCUACGAGAUGCUCAAUGGAUGUGUUCAGAGAAGAGACUACUCUGCCCUGACCAAGUUCCUGCCUCCUAAACAUGAGUACGUUGUGUCCGUCAGAGUCACGCCCAUCCAGUGUACUCUAUACCGACACUACCUGGAGCACUUAACAGGUACGGGGAAUGUGGUGGAGGGGGGUCGGGGUCGAGCCGGGACCAAACUCUUCCAGGACUUCCAGAUGCUCAGUAGAAUCUGGACCCAUCCCUGGUGCCUGCAGCUGGACUACAUCAGCAAGGAAAACAAGGGGUACUUUGACGAGGACAGCAUGGAGGAGUUCAUCGCCUCGGAGACCGAGGAAUCUUCUUUAAGCAUGACCUCUGAGGACGAGAAACAGAAAAAGAAGAAGAAGAGGGGGAAGACCAGGAAGAAGGACAGUGACUCAGACAGUGACGCUCUCGAGGUGAUAAAGGAGUGGAACACCAGCUCCCGAGGGGGAGACCCUUCCAGCCGCAACCGGGCGGAGCCACAGGAGGAAGUGCGUCCGGCCUCCAGCCCUGGCACCAGGAGUCCUGACUGGCACAAGGAGUUUGUUACGGAGGCUGACUCUGAGAUCCUGGAGCAUUCUGGGAAAAUGGUGCUGCUGUUUGAGAUCCUCUGCAUGGCCGAGGAGGUGGAGGACAAAAUUCUGGUGUUCAGUCAGUCUCUGAUCUCUCUGGACCUGAUUGAAGACUUUCUGGAGCUGUCUGGCCGAGCCAAAGAGGAGGAGAAACCCUCUCCCUACAAAGGUGAGGGGAAGUGGUUCCGGAACAUUGACUACUACCGCUUGGACGGCUCCACCAACGCCCUGAACCGGAAGAAGUGGGCAGAGGAGUUCAAUGACACCAGCAACGUCCGAGGGCGGUUGUUCCUGAUCUCGACCAGGGCUGGUUCUCUGGGCAUCAACCUGAUAGGAGCUAACAGGGUCAUCAUCUUCGACGCGUCCUGGAACCCGUCGUACGACAUCCAGAGUAUCUUCAGGCUCUACCGCUUCGGACAGCUCAAGACCUGCUACGUUUACCGAUUCCUGGCUCAGGGUACUAUGGAAGAGAAGAUCUAUGACCGCCAGGUGGCUAAACAGUCUCUGUCCUUCCGAGUGGUGGAUCAACAGCAGAUAGAGAGACAUUUCACCAUGAAUGAGCUGACGGAGCUCUACGCCUUUGAACCUGACCUUCUGGAUGAUCCCACUGGCAAGAAGAGCAAGAGGACCACGCCUAUGCUGCCCAAGGACCCCUUCCUAGCUGAGCUGCUCCACAGCAAUAAGGAGCAGAUUGUGGGCUAUCAUGAACAUGACUCCCUGCUGGAUCACAAGGAAGAGGAGGCUCUCAGCGAGGAGGACCGCAAAGCAGCCUGGGCCGAGUACGAGGCGGAGAAGAAGGGUCUGUCUCUGCGUGUGAACCAUGGAGCGUACGGAGGACAGAUGGACAUGGGAGGAGCUAACAGCUACUUCCCCUUCAACGUUGCCUCACUGGCCUCUAUGUCCAACCCUCAGCUGGAGGAGUUGAUUAACCAGGGCCGUCAGAAGGUGAUGGAGGCCACCAACGCUCUCAAGUUCCUCCCCAGAGAAUCUCUAGAGGACACCAUCGGGAGAGUGUGGAAGGAGAACCCAGCCCUCACGGAGUCCCAGGUCCAGGCCAUGGCUCUGGGGAGACAGGCCAGUGUAGAGAUGGAGCUCAACCACAGAGAAGCUGUCUACAGAGACGUCCUCAACAAGCAACAGACUCUAAUGAUGUACGUUCAGAAGGUGAUCACCAACAGGAAGGUGAGAGAGCAGCAGAUCGCCAUGGCCAACCAGGCCCAGCUGAUGAGCCAGAUGAACGGCAUGCUGGGAGCUGGAGGGAUGAGCCAGAUGGAACUCUUGGGGUUGUACCAACAGCUGGGGGCGCUACAGGGUCAUCCCACCCACCCCUCCAUGGGCGGCAAGAACCCCGGCCCCUCCAAGGGCAACCUGUAAGGGGAGUGGGACCCAGGGCGUACCCUACAUAGUGCACUAUCCACUAUCCAUAUUGGCUGAGUGCGCAACGUUAGACCAAUGUAGCGAAUAUGGUUCCAUUUGUGACCCGGACUGCCCCCUCGAUGUCUCAGUAGGCUGCUCCCUAAUGCUGCUCUGUCUCCUAUGUAGUGCACUAGGUGGAGCCCGAAGCCCCAGGGUUUUGGUUAGAAGUAGUGCACUAUGUAGGGGAUAGGGGUGUGUGAUCUGGGAACGUAGCCGCUGCCUUACAACCCUUCACUGGGGAGGUGAGAGACGACACAGAGAGAAGGGUCUCGGAGCCCCUCACCACUCCUUCCAGCUCUCCUGUCUCCUGAAGCAGGGAGUGACAUGACUUGUAUAGGGACUAUAUGAAGGGGUUUUAGCAAUUUCAUAUAUUAUAUUGUUAUUAUUAUUAUUAUUAUAUUAUCAUUAUAUUCUGUAUAUAACGCAUUCAUGUUAUUCAGGUUCUCUCCUAUAGUUCACAUGUAUUUAAAGGAAAAACGUUAAGCAUUGCGUUAUUCUUUCUCCUUAAAGGAGGGGUUGUUUAAUGAAUUGAUUUUUCUGUAAGUUGUGUUUUUUAUACAGUUUUAAUGAAUGUCUAUCUAAAGAACCCCCAGAGUGGGAUCAUAGUGCUGACUAAUUGGUGACGGGACUAUUUUAGGAUAUUAAACCGCUACAAGAUGCGAUCCCUCUAGCGGACGGACACGCAGGCUAGCGGACGGACACGCAGGCUAGCGGACGGACACGCAGGCUAGCGGACGGACACGCAGGCUAGCGGACGGACACGCAGGCUAGCGGACGGACACGCAGGCUAGCGGACGGACACGCAGGCUAGCGGACGGACACGCAUCCAGCGAUGCUGGUGUCCGCAAACUAUUUUGGGAGAUUUUGAUGCAUAGCCAUGACAAGAAAAAACUAUAACAUUCAAAUAAAAAUUAGGGCCAGAUUUCCAUUUCCUAAAGUUUUGUGUAAAUGAGAUUUGAGAAUGAUUUUUCUAUCAGCUUGUGGCUCUUACUAUUACCACUGUUUGUCUCAUGGUUAUUAUGAUGGUAAUAUGGAAUGCUCUUGUAGUUAAAACACACUGCCUCCCCCCCUGUCUCUCACCCCUCGCUCACUUCCCCGGGACUCUCGCUCUUUGUAAAGCUCAUGCUCUUGUUGUCAAGUUGUUGCCUAGCGUAGCUCCAUAUCCCAGGGUGCUGUUCAUCCUUCUCUUUCUGUUCCACUUGUUGCAUCCUAAUCCAACCCUGGUGGAGGACUGGGUCGACAGGAGGUUGUCUGACCUGGUCGACAGGAGGUUGUCUGACCUGGUCGACAGGAGGUUGUCUGACCUGGUCGACAGGAGGUUGUCUGACCUGGUCGACAGGAGGUUGUCUGACCUGGUCGACAGGAGGUUGUCUGACCUGGUCGACAGGAGGUUGUCUGACCUGGUCGACAGGAGGUUGUCUGACCUGGUCGACAGGAGGUUGCCUGACCUGGUCGACAGGAGGUUGCCUGACCUGGUCGACAGGAGGUUGCCUGACCUGGUCGACAGGAGGUUGCCUGACCUGGUCGACAGGAGGUUGCCUGACCUGGUCGACAGGAGGUUGCCUGACCUGGUCGACAGGAGGUUGCCUGACCUGCUCGACAGGAGGUUGCCUGACCUGGUCGACAGGAGGUUGCCUGACCUGGUCGACAGGAGGUUGCCUGACCUGGUCGACAGGAGGUUGCCUGACCUGGUCGACAGGAGGUUGCCUGACCUGGUCGACAGGAGGUUGCCUGACCUGGUCGACAGGAGGUUGCCUGACCUGGUCGACAGGAGGUUGUCUGACCUGCUCGACAGGAGGUUGUCUGACCUGCUCGACAGGAGGUUGUCUGACCUGGUCGACAGGGUAGAGGAGGGGGAGGUCAGGGUGCUUCACCAAGCAAGGUCAUGUCCAGCUCUUUUAUUUCAUUAUGGGUGAACUCAGCGGGAAUCCAAUUCACCGUCUUGACGUUGCGGGUGCCCGGAUCAACUGAGCCACAGAGGACUGAAGUUUGACCCCGUCUAGCUUUUAAAUCAGGACCCGAUCCUUUCAAAACAUUUUGAACCUUCUAAUUGAGAUUCCAGUGGGCCAUUCCUUAUCCAGACCUGGGUUAGCUGCACCAGGCCUGGGUUUGCUGGCUAGCAGCACCAGACCUGGGUUAGCUGGCUAGCAGCACCAGACCUGGGUUAGCUGGCUAGCAGCACCAGACCUGGGUUAGCUGGCUAGCAGCACCAGACCUGGGUUAGCUGGCUAGCAGCACCAGACCUGGGUUAGCUGGCUAGCAGCACCUUAGCUGGGUUAGCUGGCUAGCAGCACCAGACCUGGGUUAGCAGCACCAGACCUGGGUUAGCUGGCUAGCAGCACCAGACCUGGGUUAGCUGGCUAGCAGCACCAGACCUGGGUUAGCAGCACCAGACCUGGGUUAGCUGGCUAGCAGCACCAGACCUGGGUUAGCAGCACCAGACCUGGGUUAGCUGGCUAGCAGCACCAGACCUGGGUUAGCUGGCUAGCAGCACCAGACCUGGGUUAGCAGCACCAGACCUGGGUUAGCUGGCUAGCAGCACCAGACCUGGGUUUGCUGGCUAGCAGCACCAGACCUGGGUUAGCUGGCUAGCAGCACCAGACCUGGGUUUGCUGGCUAGCAGCACCAGACCUGGGUUAGCUGGCUAGCUGCACCAGACCUGGGUUAGCUGGUUAGCAGCACCAGACCUGGGUUAGCAGCACCAGACCUGGGUUAGCUGGUUAGCAGCACCAGACCUGGGUUAGCUGCACCAGACCUGGGUUAGCUGGCUAGCAGCACCAGACCUGGGUUAGCUGGUUAGCAGCACCAGACCUGGGUUAGCUGGCUAGCAGCACCAGACCUGGGUUAGCUGGGUUAGCAGCACCAGACCUGGGUUAGCUGGCUAGCAGCACCAGACCUGGGUUAGCUGGCUAGCAGCACCAGACCUGGGUUAGCUGGCUAGCAGCACCAGACCUGGGUUAGCUGGCUAGCAGCACCAGACCUGGGUUAGCUGGCUAGCAGCACCAGACCUGGGUUAGCUGGUUAGCAGCACCAGACCUGGGUUAGCAGCACCAGACCUGGGUUAGCUGGCUAGCAGCACCAGAACGGGGUUAGCAGCACCAGACCUGAGCUAGCUGGUUAGCUCAGUGCUAUAGUCUCCACUCAGGCUACCUGUUCUCUACUAUAGUCUCCACCCAGGCUACCUGUUCUCUACUAUAGUCUCCACCCAGGCUACCUGUCCUCUACCAUAGUCAACACCCAGGCUACCUGUUCUCUACUAUAGUCUCCACCCAGGCUACCUGUUCUCUACUAAGGCACAUGUUUAUUUUCCUAAAUAAAAGUCAGUGUUGUCGGUGUUAAGAGGAGGAAGUGAUGACUGUGACCUGAUCGCCCGGAGACACAGUAAAGUGUAACCUCCCACUCCACUACCAAGGGUGUUCUUCUCAUGUUUAGCAAAUACACCAACUAGUUUUUGUUGCCAUUCAUUGAUUAAUCUGACUGGCUACGAUCUUGAAAAGUAUUUAAAAUAACAUUUAAUAAAGUGACCAAAAGGGUGAACACCU